CAUUCCACUUUAAAUACUGGCAACGAUCGCAGCAGAGAAUCAGUUCACUCAGCGACUUUACCGUGUCGAGAACGCCCAGAGAAGAGACAGUCUUGAGAGAGAGAGAGAGACAGAGAGAGAAAACAGUGAGAAGCGAGAAUCGAGCAUCGAGAGAAAGAGAUUUACACACGUCGCGUCUUAGUUUUUUGCUUGAGAAACAUUUCCCAAAUGCAGCACUAAAGAAAAAUCCCCGAAAAAUACGAACGAAAAGCGGCACAACAUUUUUUUUUUGCCAGUGAAAAACGCGUUUUUGCGAGAGCGGGCGGCCUUGCCAGCUCGCAAGAAAGUGCAGUGCGAAAUCCCCCACACCCACAAGGAUUACAACUCUUGGAUUACAACCACAGCAGCAGCAACAGCAAGAGCAGCAGGAGCAACAGGAGCGGGUUUUUUUUUGUUGGAGAACAACCGAAAGAUACAAGAUACAUUAGCAAAGAUGCAUCUACCCAACGGUCCCACGAUGGUAGCCAACAGCACCGCUGUGGCGCACACACAGGUCCUGGCAGCGGCAGCCGCAGCGGCCGCAGCAGCGGCCGUGGUCAAUUCCGGCUCCAGCGGCGUUUCGGUGGCACAGAGCACGUCCCUGGCCAACACCAGCACCCACUCGGCCAGCAGCAGCACCGGCAGCUCCACGCCGGACAUCAGCGCCACCGCCAACACCACCGCCAACAGCAGCAGCAGCAGCAACAGCAACAGCAACACCGCCAACAACACGGCGAACAACGGCAGCAGCAACAGCAACAGCAACAGCAACUCGGCCAAGAUGCCCAGCUCGAUGACGGACAUGUUUGCCAGCCUGCACGAGAUGCUGCAGGAGUACCACGGCGAGCUGGCCCAGACCGGCUCACCCUCGAUCCUGUGCAGCGCCCUGCCGAACCAUUGGCGCUCCAACAAGUCGCUGCCGGGGGCCUUCAAGGUGAUCGCCCUGGACGAUGUGCCCGACGGCACUCUGGUGUCGAUCAAGUGCGGCAACGAUGAGAACUACUGCGGGGAGCUGCGCAACUGCACCACGACGAUGAAGAACCAGGUGGCCAAGUUCAACGAUCUCCGGUUCGUGGGCCGCUCCGGCAGGGGCAAGUCCUUCACGCUGACCAUCACGAUUGCCACAUACCCGGUGCAGAUAGCCAGCUACAGCAAGGCCAUCAAGGUGACGGUCGACGGGCCGCGGGAGCCAAGAAGUAAGCAAAGCUAUGGCUAUCCACAUCCCGGCGCCUUUAACCCCUUCAUGCUGAAUCCCGCCUGGCUGGACGCCGCCUACAUGACCUACGGCUACGCGGACUACUUCCGGCACCAGGCCGCCGCCCAGGCAGCCGUGCACCAUCCGGCCCUGUCCAAGGCCUCGCCCUCGAGCAGCUCCAGCAUCGUGUCGCCCAGCGCCAGUGCCGCGGCUUCCAGUGGAGCUGGCAACGGUGCCGCGGGUCCUGCCGACUACCAUCAUGUGUCGCAGAUCACGCCGCCACCGUCCGGGGCACCAACGGCCGCUGGCCAACCGGCUGCCAUGAUGCCCUCGCCGCCAGGAGCCGCUCCGGCAGCCGCCUACGCCAUACCCCAGUUCCCGUUCAAUCAUGUGGCCGCAGCCGCAGCGGCCGCCGCCCAGCAGCAGCAGCAGCAUCACGCCAAGUCCACGCCCCACGCCUUCCAUCCGUACAACUUUGCCGCCGCCGCGGGUCUGCGCGCGCGCAAUGCGGCAGCGGCUGUCCUGCACCACGGCGGAGACGCCACCGGCAUCAGCCACAUCAGUCCGGCCUCGUCGCGCCCCUCCAGCUCCUCGCCCACGCAGCAGCACGUCCUCCUCAAGCUGAACACCUCCAUCGAGACGAGCUCCAUCCACGAGCAGUCCGCCUCCGACGCCGACUCCGACGACGAGCAGAUCGACGUGGUCAAGUCCGAGUACGACCUGGACAAGUCCAUCGACUCCAGCCGCAGCUCUCCCCUCGCCCAGCACAUCUCCGUGCCCCUCCGCCUGCGCUGCGACCUCAAGGCACCCUCCGCCCUGAAGCCCCUCUUCCACGAGAGCGCGGCGGCGGCCACAAACCGACAGGCUUCGCCGGAGACCACGCUGCCGGCGGCCACCAAGCUGAAGAAUUCCGCUGUCCAGCAGAAGACCGUGUGGAGGCCCUACUAGGGAGGCAAACAGCAAGCAGCAAGCAGUAGGAGAAAGCAGGCGGAUCAGAUUCAGGAUCCCCGACAAAAGUGAUAUUGGCAUGAGUGGAGUGGCAAGGGCAGCGGAACGGAGCGGAACGGAACGGAAGCAGCGCUGAGCGGCAAGCAAACAAAAAUUGUGAUAUAGUGAUGUAAGUUAGACGGCAGGCCUCCGGCGGGCAAACGGAGAGGAAGCGGAACAAGAACCAGAAUCAGAACCCAGGAUCACAGACAGCAGAGAGGAUUAGGAGAGUUGGUGCAUCGAGCUCCGACGUAGUUUUAUGCUCGAUUCAUAAAAUCGUAGGCCGAGUUCGUGAACCAACACUGGCUGACUGGUGUUGCACAACCAAAAAAAUUAGAAA